AUGUCGAUGCCUGAGUUUGACCCGGCUCGUCGGCCCUCUCAGUCCGAGAACCAAACCAUUCUCAAGUCCGAAAUCCCGUUGAAGGAACGGUUCUUCCGCUAUUUUCAGCAUGAGAUCACUGCGCUCCAGGAACAGAUGGAUCGGCUGGCAGACACCUCGUUAGUGGGAGGAGAACGAACGGACGCAACCGAUCACUGUCUGGCCGGCAUUGCGCGCUUGUCCAACGAGGUCAAGGACGCGGCCAGCUAUAUCCCAACCUACGACCAGCGGAUAUAUGCUGAGGCCAUCAAAGCUCUGCAGGAUAAACUCGUCGAAACCCGAGCUGCAGUCGAGCCACGACCCAAGUUUAGCUUCAAGACCAAGAAGAAUGCCUCCGCCAUAUCGUUGUCCGAUGCAGCGCAUCUUGCCGCUCAGGGGCGACGCAGUAUACCUGGGUUCCCCUCCCCUGACACAUCUUCGGUCAGCUCGUCCGCGACACAAACCCCCAUGUAUCCGUCAACGCCUCUGAACGAGCCCGACAACCGCCUUCAUCUACAAAGACCGGAGCUUGCCCCGACCUCUAUCCCUGCCUUUACAAUGGACGAAGAUGAGGACAAGCCCAAGUCAGACGUAGGGGCUGGAUUCGCCGCGACGGCGGUAUCCUCAGUGUCCGUGAACAACCACCAUAACCUGCACAUCAUGCUGCCGUCCUCAGGCUCGACCGCAACUGUGCCCGCGUCCAUCACCCAUCUCCGUCACUGUGUAGUCGACAUGUCCAUUCCCACUGCCAACGGAAAGCCAUACACCAGUCUUACUAUCAAGAGCGUCAAAGAAAGUCUGCUCGUUUGUGGCCAGAUCAACGGCCCAGCCCAUAUCACUGGGGUAGAGAACAGCAUUCUUGUGAUUGACUGUCGGCAGUUCCGGAUGCACGACUGCUCCAAUGUGGACGUCUACCUCAGCUGCUCCAGCAACCCGAUCAUCGAGGAUUGCAGCAAUGUCCGAUUCGGUCGGAAACCCCGUAUUUACACGCUCGAUCACGAUCGUCCCGAUGACGAAGACCACUGGAGCCAGGUCGAAGACUUUAAAUGGAUCAAGCCGGAACCCAGUCCCAACUGGAGCCUGCUGGAUGCCGAAGACGCCGUGCCGGAAGAAGUCUGGGCGGAGAUUGUUCCGGGUGGACCAGGCUGGUCGCUGGAUGAUAUUCUGCGAGCGAUCAAUAUUUCAUCUCAUUAA